AUGCCGGACAGCAAGACAAGUAUUGAACACCAAAGGAGACUAAAUCCACCUAUGCAAGAGGUCGUGAAAAAGGAAAUCACCAAAUUUUUGGAUGUUGGAGUCAUAUACCCCAUUGCAUAUUGUAGUUGGGUCUAUCCUGUUCAUUCUGUACCUAAGAAAGGUGGGAUUACUGUGAUUCCUAAUGCGAAGAAUGAACUUGUUCCGAUGAGGCCAGUGACCGGAUGGAGAGAACCCCUUGCUGUGGUUUUCGCAUUCCAGAAAUUUGGAUCCUACCUGCUUGGUACUAAGAUGGGGAUAGAGAAUCAGGUUGCCGACCAUUCGUCCAGAUUGGAGGAGGAUGUUUUGCUUAAGUUAGGAGAUGGGGCUGAAAUUAAUGAUUCAUUCCCAGACGAACAGGUAUUGGCUGCUUAUUUGUCGUUUCAACAAAGGAAUAAGCUUAUGCAUGAUGUGAACAAGUUCUUUUGGGAUGAGCCUUACUUAUUACGUAUUUGUGUUGAUGGGAUUAUUCAUCGUUGUGUGCCCGAGGUCGAGGUGAUGAGUAUACUAGAGGUGUGUCAAUCAUCGUCUGUUGGUUGGCAUGAUAGUUGUAUUCAGACUGCUCAUACAAUCAUUCAGUGUGGGUAUGACUGGCCUACCAUCCACCAUGAUGCUCAUGAUUUCGUCAAGUCUUGUGACCGUUGCCAAAGAGAAGGAGGAAUUUCAGAAAGUCAAGAGCUACCUAUGAAUCCAAUAUUGGUGAUUGAGUUAUCUGAUUUUACUAUGUAUCAAAAUGGGUGGAAGCAAUUGCGCUUUCAAACAAUAAGGAAAUAUGGAGUUCUUCACAAUAUAGCUACUCCUUACCAUCUGCAACCUGGUGGGCAAGUUGAAGUGUCUAACAGAGAGAUAAAGUGA